AUGCGAACCCAAAUGACGUUUCGCUACUUUAAACUGUUUGCUGUGCUUGGAGCAGGUGGAAUCCUCGCCUGUUGUCUGAUGAUGUACCUAUUGCUCGACCUGACGUUCUCCCCCCGAGGAAAGGCACAGAAACUGGCCAUUGAGGAUAAUCAAUGGGUGCACAUAGAGAGCAGACUAGCGAAGCUAGAGGAGGAUCUAUCUCGCCACCACAAGGCAAUAAACGCAAUAAAAGAAGCCUCGGAUGUUCAAGAGCCUCCAGAGGAAGUCCAGAACCACCACGUCCACCAUUUAGAGCCCCUGAACCCAGUGAAAGCCCCUGAGAAGCCCCUGCAAUGCAGCUUCGAUCCCCAGAAGAUUCCAGAAGUCGACAUCCAGAUGCUCGAGCUCUACAAACAGCUAGAAUUUGACAAUCCUGACGGUGGGGUCUGGAAGCAGGGCUGGGCUCUCAAGUACGACGAGAAGCAGUGGCACAAGACCCGCAAGCUCAACGUCUUUGUUGUCCCCCACUCCCACAACGAUCCCGGGUGGCUGGAGACAUUUGAAAAAUACUACUCUCAGAAAACCAACAGAAUCCUCAACAACAUGGUGACCAAACUCUCCGAGGACAAGCGGAGAAAGUUCAUCUGGGCGGAGAUGUCCUUCUUCAAACUCUGGUGGGACGAGCAACCCAAGGUGACGCAAGAGCAAGUCAAGCGUCUGAUUGUCGAUGGACAGCUGGAGAUUGUGGCUGGAGGUUGGGUGAUGCCAGACGAGGCUGUCUCUCACUGGAUGGCACAGCUGACCCAGCUCACCCAGGGACACCAGUGGCUCAAGGCCAAUCUCGAUUAUAUCCCUACAACUGGAUGGGCCAUCGAUCCCUUCGGCCUUUCACCAACUAUGCCCUAUCUCCUGAAGAAUGCCGGCCUCGAGAAUCUCAUCAUUCAACGGGUUCACUACUCCGUUAAGAAGAGACUUGCCAAGGACAAGAGUCUCGAGUUCAAGUGGCGACAGCUCUGGGAUAACGACGGCUCCAGUGAAAUCUUAACCCACAUGAUGCCAUUUUACAGCUACGACGUACCUCACACCUGUGGACCAGAUCCCAAGGUCUGCUGUCAGUUUGAUUUUUUCAGACUUCCAAAUUUCGGACUCAGCUGCCCCUGGAGGGUACCACCCAAGGUGGUUACUAAGAAAAAUGUCGCUGAACGAGCUGCUCUCCUGCUUGACCAGUACAGAAAGAAGUCGCAAUUAUUCAGGUCUAACGUCGUUAUUGCACCGCUUGGAGAUGACUUCCGGUACUCCCAGACUUCCGAAUGGGAUGCACAGUUCGGCAACUACCAGAAAAUCUUCGACUACCUCAACUCCAACGAGCAAUUGAACGUGAAGAUUCAAUUCGGCACUCUAACCGACUACUUCACGGCCCUAAGAGAGGAGCAGAAUGUCGACACCUUUCCCCGACUAUCCGGGGACUUUUUCACAUACGCCGACAGAGACGACCACUACUGGAGUGGCUACUACACCUCCCGGCCGUUCCAUAAACGCCUGGAUCGAGUCCUCCUGGGCUCCCUGAGGGCCGCAGAAGUCCUGUCCUCAAUCGGAUGGGCGAGAGGUCACGAGCACCUGUCUGAAUCCGGUCUGGAGAGGCGACUGUCUGAAGCCAGGCAGUGGCACUCGCUCUUCCAGCAUCACGACGGUGUCACGGGAACAGCCCGGGACGAUGUCGUCGUGGAUUACGCCCAGAAGAUGAUCUCAGCCCUCAAUAAUUCAGCCCACGUUCUCCAACAGGCAGCUGCUCACCUCUUGAGAAGCCCCCAGGGACCAGCGCUGGAUCCAGAAUUUCAAUACUUCACCCUUGACGAGAUGAGGACCUACCACACAAGCGUUGGGGACAGAAUAACCGUGUCCCUAGGUGACGAUGGUAUCUCGAGAAGAGUUGUUAUAUUCAAUCCUCUCCCGAGGCAGAGGACGAGGGUCCAGACAGUGAUUAUUUCUAAUCCCUACGUGAGGGUGACAGACAGAAUGGGACAGGCUGUCGAGUGCCAGCUGUCACCGGUGUGGGUUGCCCCAGGAGCCAUCUCGGGGGCCAGGUACGAGCUGUCGUUCCUCGUAACUGUCGCUGGAUUGGGCAUCAAUACUUAUCUCAUCCACCCGUUGAAGGACACGUCUCUGCCCCCUGGAGUACACCUGGCCAACGUCACCCUCUACAACAACGCAGUGCCUCCCACGCCUGUCCGUGGAUUUGAGCACCUUCAGGUGCACCCGUCAACGCAGGAAUUCUCGAUAGGGGUGCGACCAGGUCUUUCGGCAGCAUUCGCACAGACCGGAUUGCUGAAGGCCCUGAAAAUCGGUGAGACAACGUUCCCAGUGCAUCUGGAGUUUGUGAAAUACGGUACAGCUUCCCCGGGGAGGCCCCGAAGCGGUGCCUACCUCUUCCUCCCUGAUAAACCCGAGCCUGACCCUGUCUACAUGACGAUGGACAGGACAAUUCACCUGGUUACAGGUCCCAUAUUAUCCAGAGUCUUCGUGGAUCUUCCUCACCUGCGGCACACCUGUACUUUAUUCAACUCCCCUGGGAGUGAUGGACUGGGACUCCACGUUCUUAACGAAGUUGACAUUUCAGAGACCCAGAACUUCGAGUUGGCGAUGAGACUGGACACUGACAUAUCAUCAGGAGAUGAAUUCUUCACAGAUCUCAAUGGUCUCAACAUGAUUAGGCGGCAGAGGUUCCCCAAAUUACCGACUCAAGCAAAUUACUAUCCACUUCCUGCUGCUGGGUACAUCGAGGACAGGAGAGUGAGGCUGAGUGUGUUGACGGGACAGCCCCUGGGGGCUGCCUCCAUGGCGUCAGGACAGUUUGAGAUUAUGCAGGACAGGCGACUCAUGCAGGACGACCAGAGGGGCCUUGAACAGGGGGUAACGGACAAUCUCCUGACACAUCAUGUCUUCAUGAUACUCAUGGAGAAGAGGGCAGAGUGUCUGAAACCACCGGUGGCUGGACAUCCAGCAGGGACUCUAUCUCUCGGAGCUCAUCUUGUCGCGGAGGAACUUCUUCAUCCCAUGAUCACUAUUCAUCCAAAUCCUGUGUUCAAUAUGGACUUUAAUGGAUACUUCUCACCGCUAAGGUUUGAUCUCCCCGUGGACGUUAACAUCAUCAGCAUGAGGACCAUCUCGGUGCCUGAUGGCGCUGGGAAAGGAGUGGGAAUGGUUAUUCACAGACAGGCGGUUGAUCUCUGCUGGGGGGACAAGGACUUCCAUCAACGAUUUGGAGUCCAAGGGGACGGGACCAUCGACAUUGGCAGACUGUUGAGCUUUGUCGAGGAUUGGACGAUCAGUGAAAUACCUCUGACCUUUCACAGUGUUGGACCAACACUCAAAACGACACGCAUUAGUCUCUGCUCGCAUCAAAUAUCGUCUUUAUUAUUUCAUAAAACACAGUCUUAGGUGUAGUUCGGGGUUUAGGGCUUCCGGUGGUUAAUUAGGGACUUGGAGGAUUCGGAGGGGAGGAUCUGUUGGAAAUUUGGGGGGAGCGGAACACCAGGGCCCGAUGAUCUAAUGCUUUUCACGAUUUGUAGACAUUGAAAAGAGUCGGAUUAAAAUAAAAAUUUUUCCGAACUCCAAACGAAGUGUUUGACAUCUAGACAAUUUUUAAGUUAAUUAUCAUUAUCCGACUAAUAGAGCAAUCGUCGACAGUUUGAGUGAAUAAUAAUUUUCUCUGAAUGAUUGACUGUAGAUCGUAGUGGGUAAAAGAAUUAUAUUUUAAUUACUGAGAUGAUAAUGUAGACAAUGAGUCUAGUUAAGGAUCUCCCAUUCCCUCAAAGCUGUUUGUAUGCGGUUUAAAUGUAACUCAUGGCAGUAUUAAUUUAUUUUUUCGCGUAAUUGUAAGAGAAUUGAAGUGUAUUUUAUAGCUUGAGUGCUGACGUCAAAUGAUUAUCAGAUUAUCAGAGUGACAAGUGAUUCUGUGGAGCAAUGCUGCCCCAGGAUGGCUCAAUUAAUUUCUCAUUUGUGUGUAAUGUUAUCGAUACAUUCAGAAGGGAUUGAGGAAUUUCUCAAGCCCUCCACUGGCAGAGGAGUUUAACUGCUUGUAAUGUUUCUAAGGAAUGUUCAAUUGACAUGAAUCAUGUAUAAUGAAAACUUGAUAAUUGACUUUCGUAAUAAAUCAAAAGAACAAAAAUAA